GCAAUCUUGUAGGCAGCUUAGUUGCUAUCAAAACUUAGCUUGUCAUCUAUCUUCUUCUUCUUCUUCUUGCAGAAAAAUAAUUAGAAGAUGGAGAGAAGCAAAUUUGGGGGUGUUCUGAUGAUUUGUUUGGUGAUGGGGGUUCUUGUUGGGGAUUCAGCUGGGCAAUCUACACAACCUUUUACGCAAUGUUUUGCGGUGUGUUUCGUAAGUUGUGUUUUAACUCCUGGAAAUGACGUGUCUACAUGUGCAACUAAGUGCAUCACCAGCUGCCUCUUUCCUGGCCCUUCUAAAUCUCUUAAACUCAAAGACCCACAAUACUUUUGCAAGCUUGGCUGUGCCACCUCCUUGUGCUCCAACUUCAGCACAAAGGACGACCCAGCUAAAGAGAAAGUGGGAAGCUGUGUGAGUUCCUGCUCAAACACUUGCAUCAAGAAAUAUUGAUUGCUGAGAACACAAUAUACCCAAGAAGAGUUAUAGUUUAUUAUUAGUUUGAUAAAAUCUUUGUAUCAAUUGUGUUG